GCGUCGAUGGUGUCUUGCUCUCGCAGCUAGCUCGCUCAAUACGUACACGUACACACGCACUCAAUUUACUUUCGGCAGACGAUCCUGACUUGAGAAGUUUAUCACCAUGAAAUGACCGUGAACUUGUGCUGGAAAUAUUCUUGCCAAAAUGUCGACCGCAAAUUUAUCUUUUGAAGAAUGUGAACUGACACAGUGUGGAGAAGAAACAUGUCGGGAUAGAUAUUGGUAUGUUUUCUUGAGUUCUAGUUUGAUAACUUUUUUCGGCGGCUUGUUGGGAAUUUUGGUUGUUCGACUCGCGGUGCUACUGGGAUGCAGGCGACGGGUGUCGGACAGUCACCGGGCCAGCUCCACGAGCAAUGUGGCGAUGGAACGCCCGGGGAUGGUCCAGAAAAAUGAGGAUGUCCCAUGGAUGACAGCAAUUCGUGAAUACUCGGCGAGUUUGAUAUCUGCCCAAACGAAGAGUGGAAAGUGCCUGCUGGUCGUUCAUUUUACCCUUAGUAUGGGUUCCCUUAUCUGCUAUAUACUUGACACAACCAAGUGAUUUUGGUAUUCACUGUAAGCUUGGGCUCGUUCGUCAUUUACAUUCUUCAGCUUAACGAGUAAGUGUCUCGCGAUGUCGAGAGAUUGGAGUGCCCUAACGCCUUCAUCAGAGUGUUGUGUCAUUCAUUUCUUUUUAUUCAUUUAAUUUCUUUUAAUCCAUUCAUUUCAACAUGCUUUCACUGCUUCAUCUUUCUGUGUGCAAAAUAAGUGUCUUAUCAAAACAGAGUGAAAUCAAAUGUUGACUGUAUGGGCAGUCGUUAGCAGGUUUAUAUUCAGGGGCUUCUUUUCACAUGGUAGUACUGUCCACUUCUGCUACAUUAGAUAAGUUUUAACGCGGCAAUAUCUCUUAUGAGCAUUUUGGGGGAGAAAUCGCCUCGAACCCCUGUGUAUGUUUUUCCCCUCAUCACUACACAAUG